GGGGCCCUCUGGGAAAUGUAGUUCAGCAAAGAAGGCCGCGGCGCAAAGCUCUCUGGGGCUGGUGGUUCAGAGGCUCGUAAGGAAAAACUGAGCUGCGUCCAGUCCAGCUGGAUGUUUCCCCAGAGGAGCUCCGGGUCCCGCGCGGCUCAGUCCCUGCUCCGCUUCGCUCCGCGGGGCAUUCUGGGAGGGGACGUUGUGGGUCUUGGGUCGCUGGGCGGGUUUCAAGAGCCCGCGGCGCCGGGAGGACAUUGCCCUCCAAAAGAGAAGAUUGAAGAAGGAAGGAAGAAUGGCUGUUGGACUUUGUAAAGCCAUGUCCCAAGGUUUGGUGACCUUCCGAGAUGUGGCUCUAGAUUUUUCCCAAGAGGAAUGGGAAUGGCUGGACCCAUCUCAGAAGGAUUUAUACAGAGAUGUCAUGUUGGAGAACUACAGGAACUUGGUAUGGCUUGGACUCUCCAUUUCUAAGCCCAACAUGAUCUCCUUAUUGGAGCAAGGGAAGGAACCAUGGAUGGUGGAGAAAGAAAUGUCAGAUGGUCCAUAUGCUG